CGCUUUGAUUCGCUCGAAACCCAGCCAAUCACCAUUAUGAAUGUUCAAGAGUCAUGUCCAACUUUCCCGUUGUCCAAUUGAACCAGAAAGCAACCGCCCGCCGCCGCACCGCCGCUGUAGUGUCUCGUCGUGGGCAGAUAGACAUGCUGGUGUUACAUGGCUCCACAAGCUCUCUCCGUUCCUGAUUGUGGAUAUCUUGGGCGCGAAUCCGACCUCUGUAGGAUUGUUAACCCUGUGGCAUGUACAUUGUGUCCGCCGACGCGCCUAUGAGAACCGAGCAUUGCCUGGUGUCACAAGCACUGGUUGAAGUUCCAGCUGUGGGAAUCAAGAUGCGGCCAGAAAGGGCAGAGCGAAGUCCACCCUUUCUCCAAGAUCUGACCUUCAUGACGAGGACAUGGGCGUCGAUCGCCGGUUACGUCCGUUUCGUCGUCGUCCCAAUCGAGAAAGGUGACCUCUCACAACGCAGCAUUGCCCUGCGUCACUUUUCGUCGCGACAACUUCAACUUGCGCAGCAAUCUCCACAAACUAGGACACCCCCAACACAACCAUGUCACAGUGUGCCAGGGAAAAGAAGUCAAGUGCAAGCGGGACGGCAUUCGAGUGAGCUGCGGCGGCGGCGGCGGCUAUGGCAAGGGCGAGACGCAACGUAGUGUACUUUAGCGCUGUGGACAGGUGUGUAUGGCCGUUGUGGCGUCGAUAAUGAUAGGUAAAUGAACCAGGAAUGCAUAUCAGUCGCG